CGAUUGUCGAUUGUCGAUUGUCGAACGCCAGGCGUAAGCUUCCGGAUUGAUGGUGUCGAAUAGUGUCAACAGUCUUGAUUGUUGGAAACGGAGAAUGGGGAACAGAGAGGUCAACGCAAACGGGAAGAAAAGAGCAAGAUAUAUGUGCCAGAAGGUCCUCAUUGCCAGAAGGUCGUGGCCAAAACAGAGUUCUUGCAGGGUUCAAACUAUGGUCAACACCGGCAGGGACAACCCAUCUCGUUCGUCGAGCCACCUACCACUUCGUUCGACGGUACCAAACAAAUGCAACCGGUAGCGCAGAAACCUAUGACUCCCACGAUCGGUCUGCUCUGGCGACGAAUCGACCACGACUAUCUGGUGACCUCUGCCACUGGCACCGAUCGAGUCGAGCGAUCUCGCCAAACCAACAGCAUGCACGCCGCACGCGGAAUUCGCAUUCCCCCUGGGGCGGUAACUGGGCUAUAUGAAUGCUGGGCGAAGCGAAGAUCUAAGAUGAUCUAACUGCUACAUGGCUUCGCUCACAUGGGGAAGACAACGGCGACGCCAACCGCUGAUAUCUCGGACAUCUACCCUAUACAAACGAUAUCGAUGCCACAGGAAGGCUAGAGCGGCCAAAUGGCUUAAACGAUCUCUCCUUCCCCUCAUGGCACGAAAAUCUCGCACUCAUUCGUGGCAAGAUAUUCCUUUCAUCAGGGACCGCAAACCUGAAUUCCUAGCCCAAAGCCAGCAACGUCGAACCUACUUCGAUACCUUACCCAGCGCCAGGGAAUCCCUAGAGCACAGCCGCCAUGAGCCUCGAGACCACCGCCACUCCCUUCGCGGCUCUGGCUCGUUCAUCGCGGUUUCCAGUCCCAGCGGUCCCGCCCGGUGGAAGAAAUAGUCGAG